GCAUGGACCCCGCCCUCGCCAGCAAGCUCGCCCGGACACGAGACCAGUACAGGGCGCAGCUUGCGACCGCGCUCACGGAGGACGCUGACCCGCUCGCGGCGUACGACUCGUUCGUCAAGUGGACUGUGGACAGUUACGGCCCACAUCUCGCCCAGUCUGGUUUGCUUGAGCUUCUGGAGGAGGCCACGCGGUACUUUGUGGACGACGAUGCGUACAAGAGCGACUUGCGGUACCUGAAGCUGUGGCUGCUGUAUGCGAGCCAUGUCGAAGAUCCGACGGUGAUCUAUGCCUUCUUACAUUCGAAGAAUAUCGGGAAGAUAUAUGCGCAGACGUAUCAGGAGUAUGCGGAUGCGCUGGAGCGGAGAGGAAGACGUGCAGAAGCCGACGCGAUCUACCAAAAAGGCAUUCAGCGGCGCGCAAGACCAGUCGACCCUCUUAAGAGACGAUAUGAAGAAUUCAAGUCACGAACCUCCGCCCCACCUCUCAAGCAAUCACCAGUAGCAUGGCAAGACGCAUCAAGCGAAGCCCGCGCCCUCCGCCGGGCCCCAUUGAAGAACCAUCCGUCCUCGUCCAUUCCUACGUCGUCCUCGAAGGAUAGCCUCGCAUCUUCCGCCCGCACUACGUCUUCACAUCCAUCUUCAUCCUCUACAGCGGUAGAACAGCCAUACAACCCGUACGCACUCAUGCUCGCUCCACCAGCGCCCGGAAAGCGGAAAGAGAAGCUGCGAUUCAACCUCUCCCUCCUCUUCACAGAGGAUGGCGUCGAGUACAGCAUGCAGGAAGCCCGCGCCCGCUCUAUGGGCCUCCUCGGCAAGAAAUGGGGUCCGCCUCCUGCCCCAGAACGUACUCGCGUCGCCUUCUCGGGCGAUGCAAGCAAGAGCGCGAAGACGUCGACCACGCGCAAGUUCGCUGCUGGGGCAGAGCCCACAGUCACGCUUGCAACGAAGGAGGCUCUGGCAGACGUCUUUGGGAUGUUCAACUCCCCCGAGAAGUCUAUGCGCUUCGGUCCGGUUCCGGGGAGCAAGCAUGCUCCUAUCCGGAUGAUCGAGCCCGUUAUGCCCAUGCAGCCUCUGUCGCGGCCUCUCAGCAAUGAGAACGCAGAGGUGUCGAAGACCCCUGCGUUCAGACCUUUCGUCGACGAGAACGCACAUAGGGAGAAUAAGACUCCUGCGGCAGCUGCCAAGAUGAUACCAUUUGUCGAUCCUGACGCGGGAAAACCAGUGGCUACCUCCAAUCCGAACCGACCUGUACUAUCGGUGAAAGAUCCUUUGGCACCGACUCCAGGUGCGAAGUCAGACGAGAACGCGCGUGGCGUCAAGCAGAAGCUGUCCGUGCACAUCAACUCUGAGCCGCCCAAAUCUUCGCCUGUAUUCACGCUCACCCCUGCGUCCGCGACGUAUCGGGAUCGACCACGUGAGCUUUUCCCUGACGAUCCGAAGGGAAGCGGGGAGAGCAUCUUCCGUCCCGCAUCAGCUGGCGCCACCAAGUUCACGCCGUUCUCGGACGAGAACGCGCCGAAGGUGUUCAGCAGGCCAAUUCCGAGGAGCGAGAACGCCCCCGCUCCGGCCUUCAUGCCUUUCGUCGAGAAGGCCGUCCCAAAGCAGCCGCUAUCUUCUUCUGCGUCUGGCCGACCCGUCCUCGGGGAACGCACCCCCUUGCGUGCGGUUUUUGCCCCUCCGCAAACGGAAGAGGAAGAGGAACCAGAGGACGAACAACAGGGUCAGGAACCCGAAACCUAUGAACCUGAGCCGAGAUCGGAGCCCGAGACGCCAACGACCGAGUCAGACGCAGAUGCUCGCUCGCAGUUCGAGCUCGAACGCGCCAACUCGCGCGACGCGUUCACGAGCGAGAGCUCCGAGGACGUGGACGACUUCGACGUUGACUACCAGCACGAUGGCCACAUCGCCGACGAUGCCCUCGCGGCUGAGGGCGGUGCCGAGGACAGCAUGUUCGACGACGAGGGCGCUGCGGAUGGCGGUGGCGAUGGCGAGAGUACGGACGGGUACCGUGUCCCGUUGGGCGGAAGGUUUGGGCAAUUCGAUGUGAUGACACCGAUCACGGAGCGGACGUUUGAGUAUACGAUGAGCACGCGGGGCCAUGGCACUCCUGGUUACACGGUUCAUCGUGACGCCGACGCGGUCGAGGCGGCGGAGCAGCUCGCCGCAGAGCUACGGGAGGACGACGAAGACGAGGCAGAGGUUGUCGACAUCGAGGAGAGGACCGGAACGCUGAGUUUGGCAGAUGCACUGGACGUCGCGUCCGCAUUCAAGCCUCCGAACCCCUGCAAUCCGUUCGAUCCCCCGAUCAUGGCGACCCUGCUCAAGCUGAUACCCCCGGAUCCCGGAUUCCACGAUCUUCGGGGGAACGAUGCCGAGCAGCUGGAUGCACUCCAGAAGUUUGCUAAGAAGAAGACGCGACGCGCGAGUGGCAAUUCUUCCCGGACGUCGUUGCUGGAUGGUGAGACCCUGGAGAUCCGACUGCACGAUCGACGGUUCGGUGUGAUAGACAAGCUCGGGGAGGGUGGCUUUGGCGCUGUCUUCGAGGCCAUCGACCUAGACCUAGCCGGGAAAGGCUUGGACGAUGACGAAGAUGACGAAUUCGAAGACGAGGAUGAAGACAAGGACCGCGUGGCGCUCAAGGUCGUCAAGCCCAGGAACCUCUGGGAGUUCCAUGUCCUCCGGCGAAUCCAUACCACCCUCCCCGCUAACCUCCGCCGGUCGAUUAUCACUCCUCAAGCACUGUAUGCCUUCCGCGACGAAAGCUUCCUCGUGCUGGAGCUUCGCAGACAAGGCACCCUCCUCGACAUCGUCAACCGAGCGCCAUCUGCGGGUAUCACACAGCAAGGCGCAUGCCUUGACGAGCUGCUCGUCAUGUUCUUCACGAUCGAGCUCAUGCGCCUCCUCGAGGGCAUGCACCGAGCAGGCUUCAUCCACGGCGACAUGAAGAUCGACAACUGCCUAAUCCGCCUCGAGGACGUCCCUGGUCCCGCAUCCGCUUGGGAGAGCGUUUAUCAGCCGUCCGGCGAAGGCGGGUGGGCAUACAAGGGUAUCAAGCUCAUAGACUUCGGCCGCACCAUCGACACCCGGCUCUUCCCUUCUGGCCAACGCUUCAUCGCGGAUUGGCCGACGGACGCACGCGACUGCUUCGAGGUGCGCGAGAAUAAGCCGUGGACGUUCCAGACGGACUACUUCGGCCUCGCCGGCAUCAUUUACUGCAUGCUGUACGGCAAGUACAUCGAGGCAUCUUCUGUUGUUCCUUCCCCCACCCCGAGCGAGGACGGCAAGAUUCACUACAAGCUUUCGGCGCCAUUCAAGCGAUACUGGCAGGGCGAUCUCUGGACGAGGCUUUUCGACGUGCUCUUGAACCCGACCUUGGUUCGGCCUGAUGGGAAGCUUCCGGUGACGGAGGAGCUCGCUGCUUUGCGCGUCGAAAUGGAGAUGUGGCUUCAGGCAAACUGCAAUCGUGCCAGCAAUAGUUUGAAGGGCCUCAUGAAAAAGAUUGGCUUGGCUAUCCUUGGUGGCAAGGACGGGCGAUGAUAUGUCGCCAGUAAUCCGCGCUACGUCGUCCUUAUAUGUCGUCGUCUUUCUCCUAUCCUUAGAGACUUUCCUGCCUGAACCCCUACCAUACACUUCGUUGGCGAAAUCAUGCUUCCUACGCCCACAACGAUACUCACUACCACCCGCACUGUGUCAAUAUCUACACGCAUGCACGCAAACUUCUGUAUCCCCACAUAAUUCCAUUCAGCCC